ACUACUAUGCCUGCGCAUCUGAGGGAGAGUCUGGAAAUAGCCAUACAAGCUUGCUUAUCAGACACCUCUGCUCAAUUCAAGAGUCAGGAACCUUCCUCCUCAGUUGAAACUGCUUCCUUUUCAUCUCUGCACUUCACCAAUCAGACGCGAUAUUUGACUCAUGGUUACAAUGCUCCUAAAGAUAUUCAUCCUUUGUACCUGAUCAACGCAGAAGGGGGAAGGAUGAAUCAUAGUCAACUUCUAUGUCAUCCUUCCGAAGACAUUCAGAAACUAUCUGGGCCUUACGCGGAUCUUAAACAGAGUUUGGAGGGAGUUCUACGUUGGGUAGUUGAGAAGGUUUUGCUCAUCCAUCCUCACGUCUUUCAAGAACUUGUGGCUUCGGUGGAUGUCCUCCCCUUGCAAGACACAUCUCCGGUCUCUCCUUUUACCAGCAUUGUGUUUAACAUCAAUGUCGGAACUCUGGCACAC